AUCUAUGCUUCAGUUGACGUGUAGAUAGCGGCCGAUUACCUUUAUUUAUUAAUUUAUUUAUUUAGGCUAAUUAUUGUGAAAGUUUUCAACAGUUUCAAAAUAGGUACAAUGCGUGAAAUAUUGUUUUAAUUACACAUUAACAACCCGACUUUUGCUCAUAAAGAGAAAAACCGUUAUGUCUAAAUAAUUAUACUAAUAUCUUAUUGUUCAGCCGUUCAAAUAAAAUCAAACGUAAUCGUGAAAUGUUAUCUUUUUUAAUUAUUGGUCCGCGCAAAUAUUUGUUUUUAAUAUGAGGACAGAAUAUCUUUCGAUCAAAAAAUCAGAUUAGUAAGCAUGAGUACAAUUGGUUAUGGCCGUUCCAGCGCUCUGGAAACGUAUGUACGUGGACAGUGGUACAAAGUAUAUGUGACGUUGGAAGAUGAUUUUAUAUGCAUUAGUUUGGAUGAAACCUAUGAACACUGUACACCUGUUAAUGGAUCUUUAAAUAACAAUACCUUGGAUUCUUCGGGAAGUCAUAUUGAUUGUGUCGAUGUACCAGACUCUGUAGCUAAUCAGAAACGUCUCAUUCGUGUAGUAAAGACAGAUAGCAAUGGCUUGGGAAUUUCCAUUAAAGGUGGGCGUGAAAAUAAAAUGCCGAUCCUUAUAUCUAAAAUAUUUAAAGGAAUGGCUGCUGAUCAAACUGAGCAGCUUUAUGUUGGUGAUGCUAUCCUAUCUGUUAAUAAACAAGAUUUAAGAGAAGCUACUCAUGAUGAAGCAGUUAAAGCACUUAAACAAGCUGGAAAAAUUGUUGAACUAGAAGUUAAAUAUUUGCGGGAAGUAACCCCAUAUUUUAGAAAAGCCACUAUCAUAUCAGAAGUUGGAUGGGAAUUACAACGCGGAUUUUUAUCAACAAACUCGCCAAUUCAUCGCUCUCCACAAAAGCCUGAUGCUCGUUAUUUACCAUUGCAACUUUGUUGUUUAACAAGAAACUAUAAGCAUCCUGAUCCUGAAAAUAAAACUAUUGAACUACAUUCACCAGAUGGUGUACAUUUCUGUAUAUUAAGAACUCAGGAAGCAAGUGAAGCUACUUGUUGGUUUAAUACUCUUCAUGGUGCUUUAAAUGUUUUAUCUCUAAAAGCAUUGCACGAUGCGAACAAAAUAUUAGCAAACAUAAUGCCUGUGCUUGGUCAACUUCAUCAUAUUGGAUGGUUAUUUAGGGUUAAUAGAAAUGAGAACAGUAUGCGUAGCAUAAGUUCAGAUGAAGAAUUUACAGUGAAUGACAAAUGGCAAUCAGUAUUUGGAGUAGUCACUAGUAAAGAAUUACGAUUGUAUGAAGUUGCCCCCUGGAGUCCAGAUGCUUGGUCUGCUCCACUCUUUGUUUGUUCACUUUUAUCUACAAGGCUGAUGAAUUCAUCUCGUAACUCAGAAUUAAUCACAUUUAGUUUAAGAUGUGGAACAGAAGAAGGUAUCAUUACUCAUCGGUUUAAAGUAGAUACUCAAAGAGAUCUUGCCAGUUGGGCAAGAGCUGUAAUUCAAGGUUGUCAUAAUUCUGUUGCUAUUAGAAGAGAAGUAAAUCGUCGUUGUUUAUGGCAUGGAAAACCAGCACAAUUAUCAAUUCACUAUGAGAAUGGAUUUACACUUAUUGAAUCAAAAACUGGAUCUGUAGGGCGUGAACCAAAGAAAUUAUGGAGUUAUCCUUUUGAUAAAUUGAAAAUGUCUUCUGAUGAUAAUAACAGAUUACUAUGGCUGGACUUUGGCGAUAGCGUGGAUAUAGAAAUAGACUUGGAGUGCAGUCCAAAACCAUUAGUGUUCAUUUUACAUAACUUCCUAUCAGCCAAAAUUCAUCGGCUUGGUUUGUAUGCAUAACUGAAACAUGCUUUAAAUUAAGUCUAUCAAUUAUUUUCAUGCUAUCUGAAUAAAACUAAUAAUUAGUCCACUGACUAUUUAAAUUAAUAUUAAUAUUUGUUAUACUUGCAUUUAUUGACCCUAAACUUUAAGCUCAAUAAAAAUUACAUAUUUAUUAAUUUUAAUGUAGACUAAAAAUGUAUUAUUUAGUUUUGUUGAAUUUAAUUAUUAUUGGUAGUGGAAUGUUAUGUUUAUUAAAGUAACAUUUUUUAUGUAUAAGUAUUUUUAAAUUAAUACAAUGUAAUAAACUUAAAUUAAUUUCAAAGUAACAGGGUGCUGUGGCACCAUAACAUGCACACACAUUCCUACACUUGAAAUAUGGUAACUUGUCUGUGAUAAUUCGUUUUUAUUUCGUUAAAAAUGUAAAUGCUAUUGUGUAUAUGUGUGUAUGUUAGUGUGUCUAUGUGUCAAAUUUGUUUUUAUCAAAAUUACAGUGUCAAUUUUUUUAUUUGAGGUUUAAAGAACCACAAAUAAUUUCUAGUGAAUGUUUUUUUUAAAUAUUAUAAAACAUUGAUAAUUAUUCUAUUUGUAUGUACAUAAUAUAUAAAUUAAUUUUAUCACUCAUAAUGACUGGUGUUAAAAAAUUGUCUUUUAUUGUAUCAUUAUUUUGUUUUACAUGUAGUCAUUGCACUUAUAACUUGUCUACUUUAAAUAAGUCAAAUUCAACAUUUUUUAACUAAUUUAAUAUAACAAUCAAGCUUAUAUUUUUGGCAUCCUUAUUAAUCACAACACGACUAACAUAUAUUAUAUUAUAGGUAAUUAUUAUAUAAUUUAUGGUAGUACAAAUUUGUUAUACCAUAUAAUGGUAAAUAAGUUAGCCGGAUUAUUUUUUUUUUAUUAUUCGUUAAGAUUAAUUUUUUUUAUUGUUGCAAAAAAUAAUUACUUAAGUAUUGUUUGUUAAUUUUUAAUUUAAUUACAUUUUUUAGAUUUUUUAAUUAUUUGUUUAUUUUAUAUCAACUAUAGUUAAAUCAAUUUUUAACAAUUCUAACAAAAUAUACUCAUUUGUUAAUUAAUGUAGUCAAUUGACAAACAGAAGUAAAUACAA